AUGAAUCUCAUUCAUCUAGAGCAGAGAUCUUUUGAUCGCAAUAAUAAUUCAACAAUCGGAGACAACAUAUCUAGGCAUAAUAUUUUCAGUGGACUGUCCCCUGUUUAUCCUGCAAGAUAAGUAAAGAUAAUGAGUAAAACUUGGCAUAGAGAUUCGCAUGGAUUGUUUGACUUUGAGGCCAGUAUUUAUAUAUAGAGAAGUCAAACCGAUGAAAUGAAUAUUUUACCUCCUAAAGCUACAUCGAUUAAGCAAAGGGAAGAUAGUCUAGCUACGGUUAUCUAUUCAUAAGGAAAAUACUUUGUUUAUCAUGCUAAUGACAUUGAUGUGAACUCUAAUAAUCUGAAUUAAACAAUAAAACAAACUGAGGAAAUGACCUAGGUUAUAAUGGAUCUGACUAAGAAAGUUUAUUUAGUUGUGAAAAAUUUAACACUAAAAGGUAAAAAGAGUAGUCUCCGGGAAUCCUAGAGGUUUGACGACUUUGAUGAAAACAAAGGUAUUAUUUUAAGAGUAGGAGAUAUUGUCAAAUUUGGACGAGUGCCGUUUAGGAUAAAGGAGUCAUCUGUGUAAAAGAGCUUAAAUAGGAUAGAAUCGUAGUAAAAUCAGGAUAAUUCACUUGAGAAAAAUAUUACUGAUGUUGAAUCGGAGGGAGAUUAAGAUAUCAACUAGGUGAUUAACGAUAUGAUAAUGACUUAGGCAAAGCAAGACUCUCCCAGAAGGCGGAUUAUUUUGAAUAACAUGCAUGAUGGUGGCAUACUUGAUCACUAGGAGUCCGAUAUUAUGUAUGCAGCUAGUCCUAGACAAGCAGAUAUUUUACAAGACUCCAUAGAUGAUCCUUACAGAUUAGCUUCUUUUAAUAACAGGGAGUCUAAUUUCCACGAUAUUUAAAACUCUCUUUUCUCCAAUAAUGAAUUUUUGGUUCCUCAAUUGUUUAUGACUAAAAAUCACUCGCUAAAUGAUUAGAAGUAAAAAUUGUAAGAUGAAACUGAAAAGCUCCUGAUGCUUAAUAAGAAUUCGAAAUCAGCUAAGGUGGCUAAUGUUAAAUCCUGCCGUAUAUGUCUUGGAGAAGAAAAUGAUAUCGAUAAUGAACUUAUAAAUCCAUGCAAAUGCGCAGGAACUAUGAAGUACAUUCAUUUACAAUGUCUACAAGAGUGGUUGAACGACUAUGUUAAGGAUAGUAAAAAGAAAAUUGAAAUUUACAAGAUCAAUCGACCUACUGAUGGAUAAUAUCUAAUAAUGGAGGUACUAGGAAUGCCGAACGGAAGAACUUUUCAGAUUAUCAGAUUAAGCGAAAGGCAUACUUUAAAAGUCGUAAGUUGUCUCACACCAAAUAAAUACAUAUAGGGUAGAGGCCACGAUUCUGAUGUAAGGGUUGCCGAUAUUAGUGUUUCAAGAUGCCAUUCACUAUUAAGAUAUGAUUAGGACCGAAACCUAAUAAUACUUACCGAUUAUCAUUCAAAGUUUGGUACUCUGUUGUUGUUAAGAAAGCCUGCAUAGCUUUCAACUAAACUGAACAAAGAAUUCAUGAUUUAGACCGGAAGAACAAUGCUUACUUUAACCCUCUAGGAUGUACCUACUCCAUUUAUUAACAAAAUUUGCUCAUGUGUCGUAUCGAAAAAAUAGAAAGAACAGCAUCUUAAAAAGUAAUUGGCAUUAGAUUUCGAGUACUUUUAAUGCACUGAUUACCUUCCAAAGGAUUUGCUUAAGCGAAAAAGAGAGCUAUUUGGAGAUCUCUUAAGCAAGAUAAUUAGUCCAUAAACUUCGAAACAUGAGACUAAGAGAGAUGAACUUGGCCCGAAUGAUGAAGAAAUGCAUUAAUACUUCUCAGAGCUGACAUAGCACAAUCAAGGUAUAUCUAGAAGCAAUCUUUCAAACUAAAAGCAUACUGGAAAGCUUAACUAGGUCGCGCCCUUGAUUGCAUUCAACCAGUUUGCGAAUGGGAAUAUCACUCAAACUGAAAAUCUGACUAUAGGAUUAAAUACAGCUCGAUAGAACAAUAAAGAAAGAUCUAUAAGUGUGAGACUAGUCUAAUCAAGUGAAAAUAAUUAGAUUAAUACAUAAACUAGAUUUGCUAAUCCUAAUUCAAGACCCUAAAGUAAUGCUAUGACUUAGCACCAAUUAACAGUCAAUAACUCUCCCUCACCUAGAGCUUUAAACAUCCAGCCUACUGUUGAUUUCAGAAUUAGAGUUAAUGAAACUCAUUAGCAACUUGCGACACCUUCUAAUCCAUAAAAUAUCAGAGAAGAAAUAAAAGAGGAAGAAGAAGAAAAGCUAAUGGAUGAAAUUUGCAAAGAAUAAGAAGAGAAGGAUAGUCUCCAAAAACCUGUAAAUAGCAAUGCUAAUAUCAAUUUAUAAUUUGACCCUUAACGAGAUAAUCCUAGUUAGUUUGAGAUAACAUCAAACAUGAAUAGGACUCAGCAGUUGCUUAAUAGACAAUAAAUGGGUACUGUAAAUGCUUAAGAAGAGUAGGAACAGAUUGGAUUCCAAUGA